UCCCUGUUUAUCGAUGACCACUCGAUAUCCAAAGCUAGUCAUACAUACAAACGGAAUGACUUCGAUAGCUAUGAUCUUGCAAGGGUCAUUGUUAUCCUUUUCGUCUACUGAAGAUCUUGUCGAGACCUGAUUUGAUCUCGUCUACUGAAGACCGACUCUGCUGGUGUUUGCCACGUGUACUAGUUUAUUGAAGAUUCCAAGACACGUCGGACGUCUAGUUGAAUGAAAAUACUUGGACAGAGUUGCAGACUGAUAGUCAUGGUCAUAGAUUCCUGAGGAUUCAAAUAUAAAAGGCGAAGCCGCAAUGGAACGGUGCAUCAUCGUCUUUGUCUUUUCUGAGCAUCGGCGAACGCUUACUUGCUUGUCUGCGACUGCUGCUCAGCUGCUGAUAAGGUGCUUGACUUAGAAUGGCAGAGCCUCGUUUCAGUCGCUCAUGGCGGAUUAUCGGUUAUAGAUCAUCGAUGGAUUCCAGCUUCAGAAUCCAACAUGUUGACCUGUUCUGUGUGCUUUUUCUUCUUUUCAUUCGUUCUUCAAUCUCCGUAUCGAACGAGAUUCCGGGGUUUUGUGCUGUGGGAUAUGGAGAGUCCGAGUGUGGACCGUCGUCUUCUUCGAAACUGUUGAUCAAGGGAGGAACUGUUGUGAAUGCUGACCGUCAGGAAGUGGCGGAUGUUUAUAUUGAGGAUGGGAUCAUUGUUUCUGUGCAGCCUAAUAUCAAGGUUGGUGAUGAUGUCACUGUGCUUGAUGCCACUGGGAAGUAUGUAAUGCCAGGAGGGAUUGAUCCUCACACGCAUCUAGAGAUGGAGUUUAUGGGUACUGAGACCAUAGAUGACUUCUUCAGUGGUCAGGCUGCUGCAUUAUCAGGGGGAACAACAAUGCACAUUGACUUUGUAAUACCAGUUAAUGGUAGUUUAUCUGCUGGGUUCGAAGCCUAUGCAAAAAAAGCAAAGAAAUCAUGCAUGGAUUAUGGUUUCCAUAUGGCCAUCACAAAAUGGGAUGAAUAUGUUGAAAGAGAGAUGGAGAUUAUGGUUAAGGAGAAAGGUAUCAACUCUUUCAAGUUUUUUCUUGCCUACAAAGGGUCUCUUAUGAUUAAUGAUGAACUUCUACUGAAAGGCAUGAAAGCAUGCAAAUCUCUUGGUGCCUUAGCUAUGGUCCAUGCAGAAAAUGGAGAUGCUGUAGCUGAGGGUCAGAAAAAGAUGAUAGAACUUGGUAUUACUGGUCCAGAGGGUCAUGUGCUUUCAAGGCCUCCUGUGCUAGAAGGGGAAGCAACUGGUAGAGCUAUUCGUUUAGCAAGUUUUGUGAAUACACCACUUUAUGUGGUUCAUGUCAUGAGCAUUGAUGCAAUGGAAGAGAUAGCAAAAGCUAGAAAGGCAGGACAGAGGGUUAUUGGAGAACCAGUAGUUUCUGGACUUGUGCUUGAUGAUUCCGGGCUUUGGGACCCUGACUUCACCAUUGCAGCAAAGUAUGUCAUGAGUCCACCAAUAAGGAAACAGGGGCAUAAUAAAGCCCUUCAAGCUGCCCUUUCAACAGGACUUCUACAGCUUGUAGGAACUGAUCAUUGUACAUUCAAUUCCACCCAGAAAGCUCUUGGUAUUGAUGAUUUUCGAAAAAUUCCAAAUGGUGUCAAUGGUAUUGAAGAGAGGAUGCAUUUAGUCUGGGACACAAUGGUGGAGUCUGGCAAAAUAUCUGUUACAGAUUAUGUGCAAAUAACAAGCACAGAAUGUGCUCGGAUCUUCAAUAUUUACCCAAGAAAAGGAGCAAUUCUUGCUGGAUCUGAUGCUGAUAUAAUCAUACUGAACCCAAAUUCAAGUUUCCAGAUAACUGCGGAGACCCACCAUUCAAGAACUGAUACAAAUGUCUAUGAAGGAAGGAGAGGAAAGGGAAAAGUUGAAGUGACAAUUGCAGGAGGAAGAGUUGUGUGGAAAGAUGGUGAGCUGAAGGUUCUACCUGGUACUGGAAGGUACAUAGAAAUGCCACCUUUCAGUUAUCUUUUCAAUGGUAUUGACAAGGCUGAUGCUACAUACCUUUCUUCCUUGCGGGCUCCUGUUCAGCGCUUCAAAGCUGCAACUUGAGUUGCAGUAUUAUUUACUUUGAAGCAAGACAGAAGCACAUGGGGGGAUGGAAAGAAUGCAGUGCCAUCUUGUAUAAUAAAUAAAUUAAGAUUGUGGACUGCGUUCCAAGAAGUUACUAUUUUUGGUAAUGGUUUAGUGUUUGCAAAUUGGUUAGUGUUUACUACACAAAAAAAAAAAGAAAAAAAAUUGUUUAGUGUUUGCAACAUUAGACAUUGUUCUGAUAAUGAUAUUAAAUGACUACUUAAGUCC